AUGGGGGGGGUUGGGGUUGGGGGGUGUGGGGAUGGGGGGUGGUUGGGAGUUGAUUGGUAUGGUAGGGAAUUAGUGGGUAGAUGUUUUGAGAGGGGUGAUUUGGUUGUGGGGUUGGGUUGGGGUGUGGGUUGUGUUUGUGGUGGGGUUUGGGAUGGAGGGUGGGUGGAGUGGUGGGGAGGGGGGGUUGGGUAUGUUGUGGUAUGGUGUUUGGGGUGGGGGGGGGUUGGGGGGGGGGUUGGGGGGGUGGUUGGUGGGGGGGGGUGGGGUGGGUGGGUGGGGGGUUUUGUGGUUUGGUUUGUGGUGAGUGGGUUGGGGGGGUUGGUGGGUGGUGGGGGUUUGUUGGGGGGGUGGGGGGGGGGGGGGUUGGGGGGGGUGGGGGUGGGGGGGGGGGGGGGGGGGGGUUGGUGUUGUUUUUGGGGUGGUGUGGGGGGUUGGUUGUUGGGUGGUUGGGUUGGGGGGGGGGGGGGGGGGGGUGGGGGGGGGGUGGGGGGGGGGGGGGGGGUGUGGGUGGGGGGGGGUGGUGGGGGUGGGGGGGGUGGGGGGGGGUUGGGGGGGGGGGGGGGUUGUGGGUGGGGGGGGGGGGGGGGUGUGGGUGUGGGGGGGGGGGGGGGGUGGGUGGGUGGGGGUGUGGGGGGUGGGGGGUGGGGGGGUUGGGUGGGGUGGUGGGGGGGGUUGGGGGGGGGUUGGGUGGGGGGGGUGGGGGUGGGUGGGGGGGGGUUGUGUUGGGGGGGGGUGUUGUGGUUGGGGGGGUGGGGGGGUUUUGUUUUGUUUGUGGUGGUUGUGUGUGUGUUUGGGGGUGUGUGUGUGUGUGUGUGGGGUGUGUGUGUGUUUGUGUGUGUGUGUGUGUUGUGGGGGGGGGGGGGGGGGGUGGUUGGUGGGGGGGGGGUGUGUGGGGUGGGGUGGGGGGGUUUGGGUUGGUUUGGUUGUACAGUUGGUGGGGGGGGGGGGGGGGGGUUGGUGUGGGGGGGGGUUGGGGGGGGUUUGGUAGAGUGGUGUAUAGUGGUGGUGUGGGGGGUGUUUGGUUGGGGGGGGGGGGGGGGGGGGGGGGUGGGGGGGGGGGUGGGGGGGGUUGGGGGUGGGGGGUGUUGGUGGGUGGGUUUGGGUGUGGGUAAGAGGUUUGGGGUUUGGUGGGUGGGGGUAGGAUGUGAGGGGGGUUGUAGUGAGGGUUUAUGGGGGAUUAAUAGGGGUUGGGGUAAAGAUGGGUGUAUUUUGUGUUUGGGGGGGGGAUGUAUUGUUUUGGGGGGGGUUUUGUGGGUUUGGUUGGGUAUGGGUUGGGGGGUGUUUGGUUUGGUGGGGGGUAUUGGGGGUUUUGUGGGUGUUUGGGGUGUGGUUUUGUUGUUUGGGGUUUUUGGUUUUGUGGGUGGGUGUGGGUGUGUUUGGGUAUGGGUGAUGUGGGAUGAGGGUAGUGGUUGGGUUGGGGGGGUUGGUGUUUUUUGGGUGGGUUGUUGUUUUUUGUGGUUGGGUGGUGUGGGGUUGGUGGGGGGGGGGUUGGUUAUUGUUGGUUGUUUUUGUGUGGUAUUUGGGGGGGGUUUAUAUGGGUUUGUUUGUAGGGGGGUUUUUGUUUGGGGGUGUGUGGUGUUGGGUGUGGUUUUUGAUGAGUUUUUGGAGUGGGGGGAGUGGAGUGGGGGGGGGGGGUUAGAUAGGGUGGUGGUUUUGGUUUUAUGUUUGUGGGGGUUGGAGGGGGUGGGGGAGUAUGAAGAGAUAGUGAAUAUAUUAGAGGGUUUGUUGGGGGUGGGGGUUUUGGGGGGUGGGUGGUUUAAGAUAAGGGAUGUUGUGUGUGUUUGGGGAGGGUGGGGGGAUUUGGGGGGGGGGGAUGGUGUUUGGGUGUUUUGGUUUAGGAGGAUUGUUUUUUGUGGUGGGUGUAGGGUUGUUAGUGUGGAGGGGGGAUUUUUUGGAAAUAUUAUUGGAUUGGGGGGUGGUCACUAUGGGGGAUGGAUGGUUAAGGAGUGUUUUGUGGAUGUAGUUUUUUAUUUUGGGUUUUUGGUGGUUGGUGGGGAGGUGGGGGGGGUUUUUUUUGUUUUGGUGUGUGGGGGGGGAAAUUGUGGGGGUGGAGUUUGGGUGGGGGGGGAUUUGAUUUUUUUUGUUGUGAGGAGGGUUGGGUGUGGGGAGGGGGGAAUAGAGGGUGUUUGGUGGAGUGGGGGAUUUGUUUAUGGGAUAGGGGUAAGUAAGAGGGUGGAGAUCAUGGGGGUGGUUAUGGUUUUUGGUGGGGGGGUGGUAUUUUUAGGUUGGUGGGUAUAUGUGGUUGGGGGGGUAUAUGGGGGGGGGGGGGGGAUAUGUUGGGAGUAUGCGCAGUUGAAUGGGGUAAAUUGA